AUGAAAUCUUUACAAAUUGAACAAUCAAAACGUAACCAUUUGUUAUUGACUAUCAAUCAAAGAAAGAAUCAUUUAUAUCCAAUGAAAUUUCAUUAUGAUCAAUUACUUGUUCAAUUAAUUAAAGAAAAUGGUCAUAUUCAAGUGAAUAAUUUAAUUAUUCCUAAAUCGAUUAUAAAUCAGCAAACAUAUCGAAGGGAUGAAUUUUCAAAUCCAACAGCGUUGAAUAAAUCAAUACAACUUCGACAUAUUCGACACAUUCAUGAUUGUAACAAUGCUAUGGAUAAUGAUGAUAAUGAUACUGAACAAUUAGCUAAGAACAUUUUAUAUCAAACCAAUUACAAUUCUGCAAUUGAUAUGUUAACAUUGAAUACGGGUCGCCGUAAAUCCAGAAUGA